UUGUGUGGCAGGAGAAAGUGCCGUCAGUGGUGAUGAUCACCAACCUGGUGGAGGGGAAGAAGACAAAGUGUGAGCAGUACUGGCCGUCCUCUGGGUCUCAGGAUUUCGGGCCGUUCCACAUAUCCAUCACUCAACAACUCACCCUCGCUGACUACAUCAUCAGGACACUCAGUGUUGAGCUCUCAGGGAAGACCAGGAAGGUGAAUCAUUUCCACUACACAGCCUGGCCAGACCACGGAGUGCCCGACUAUGCCACCUCCAUACUCAACUUCCAUAAGAUGGUUAUGAAAGACCACAAGGCCCACAGAGGUCCUCUACUAGUGCACUGUAGUGCUGGUGUUGGAAGGACAGGGACAUUCAUAGCCAUAGACCAUGUCCUGGAGCAGAGGGAGACAGAGGGAGUGGUGGACAUCCCUGGAGUCAUCCUCAAACUCAGACAACAGAGAACCAACAUGGUCCAGACUCUGGUACACACACACAUUGCACUGUUUUUCAACCUACCUUAAGCCCUCCAUGCAAACACAUUCGAUAUAAAGUCUGAUGUGUUUUAUGGUGGUACUUGAGUACACUUUGUUAAACCAUGUAUCUUUGAUGAGUGUAUUGAUGAAAUUACGCAGAUCCUGGACCAGGUGAGUUCAAACGUAGGAGAGGCAAAGUCAUUUGCUGCACAAAACAACCUCGCCAAGAAUAGAUCUACUGACUUCUUACCAGGUCAUUUCCCAACACACAUCCUAAUGUGCUACCCAAGUGACCUGUGUUCCCUUCCCAAACACACAGUGGACAAUUGGAGAGUUGUUUUGAAAGGAGAAAAUCCAGACUACAUACAUGCUAGCAGUGUCCAUGGCUACAAGAAGCACAGGGCGUUCAUCAUCACACAGGGACCGAUGCGCUCCACUGCCAGAGACUUCUGGAAGAUGGUCUACAGCAGGAAGUGUAGUGUGGUCGUCAUGUUAUCAGACCUCAUUGAACUUGAUGAGGAGGUGUGCUACCAGUACUGGCCUGGGAAGAGAGCACAGACGUAUGGGGAGUUCAGAGUAGAGCUGCUCAGUGAGGGGUGGAAGAGUGGAUUCUUAUACAGAAACUUCUCUGUCCAGCAGGCCAAGUUUGCCACAGCCCAUCAGGUGUGGCAGUUCCACAUCCCAGAGUGGAGCUCAGACUACCAGUGGCGUGGGGAUGUGAAUGCCAUGGUCUCUGUCAUAGAGGAAGUCUCCAAGGUCCAGAGGAAGACUGGGAACCACCCCAUUGUCGUCCAUGGACUUGAUACAGUGAGUAGAUCAGCCAUAUUCUGUGGUGUGGCCACCACCAUUGAGAGGUGUAAGACAGAGGGAGUGGUGGAUGUGUUCCAGGUGGUCAAGGCCAUGAGAGUUCAGAAACCUGGAGCCAUACAAACUUUGGAACAGUAUCAGUCAAUUUUUGAAGCUCUUUUGGUGUUCAUUGACUCAUUUGAAACAUACUCAAACUUUACAACAUAGUUUUUGUUUUAUCGUCAUAUCAGAUUUUAUCACGAUGCGCAGAUCGUGCUUACAUCAUG